AUAAUUCCCGGCCGCUCUCCCCGGGAGACGGACGACAGGGCGGGCACCUGGCUGGGUGGGGCCGAGGGGGCGGUACGCACCCUGGGAGAAGCCAAUGAGAAAACCAGGCCCGGCCCGAGGGGCGGUGCCGUCGGUCACAUGCGCACCUGGGGCGGCCGGCGACCGUGGCGCGGGCACCCCGAGCGGGAGGAAGGGAGCGGGGCCGGGCCGGGGCGGGGUUAGGCAGGUGAGUGACAGGCUCCGGGGGGCCGGCCCCAGCUGGGAGCUCCGAGUGAUCCUGGAGUAGCUGCGGCGGUGUCCGCCCCCUCCCUCCGCCCCUCCAGCCGGGCUGGUCUCUGGCCGGGCACUGUCGCGGGCCCCCCUGGCCUGGCCACCUCCCUCUCCCCUAGCCCGCAAAGUUUGUGGCGAAGCCGGCGUCGGGCUGAGCGCGCCCCAGGGGAGAUCCAGGAGCUCCCGAUGUCGGGCUGCGGGAGCCGUUGACCCGGGGACGCCGCGGUCCGGGGCAGCAGCGUGGAGCAGCCGGUCGACCGCCGCCUCUGGUGCAUGGGGGACCGGCUGAGAAGCUAGUAUGGGCAACUGCGUGGGGAGACAGCGCCGGGAGAGGCCGGCUGCUCCGGGACACCCCCGCAAGCGAGCAGGUCGCAAUGAGCCCUUGAAGAAGGAGCGGCUCAAGUGGAAGAGUGACUAUCCCAUGACUGAUGGGCAGCUGCGGAGCAAACGAGAUGAGUUCUGGGACACAGCACCUGCCUUUGAGGGCCGCAAGGAGAUCUGGGAUGCCCUCAAGGCUGCCGCCUAUGCUGCUGAGGCUAACGACCAUGAGCUGGCUCAGGCCAUCCUGGAUGGAGCCAGCAUCACCCUGCCUCAUGGAACUCUUUGUGAAUGCUAUGACGAGCUGGGUAACCGCUAUCAACUGCCCAUCUAUUGCCUGUCACCACCUGUGAACUUGCUGCUGGAGCACACGGAAGAGGAGAGCCUAGAGCCUCCCGAGCCCACCCCUAGUGUGCGCCGUGAAUUCCCACUGAAAGUGCGCCUCUCCACAGGCAAGGACGUGAGGCUCAAUGCCAGCCUGCCUGACACAGUGGGGCAACUCAAGAGGCAGCUGCACAGCCAGGAGGGCAUUGAGCCAUCCUGGCAGAGAUGGUUCUUCUCUGGGAAGCUGCUUACAGACCGCACAAGGCUCCAGGAAACAAAGAUUCAAAAAGACUUCGUCAUCCAGGUCAUCAUCAACCAGCCCCCACCUCCCCAGGACUGAAGGCGCCUGAUUCCUAGGAAAAGAGGCCAUGGAGGUCCCCUGCAGGCUGUGGGGCCCAGUCCUGUCGCCGCCUUCCAGUGCUGCUGUCUUCUUCAGGGGCGCCUCCCACCGCCCUGCUGUAUGGCUCUUAGUGAGCCAAGAAGGGACUUGCCUUCCGGGGCACUGGAUCCACCAGUGCUCCACACCCAGGGAGCAGUGCUGCCUGCCACACACAGGCCUUGCCAACCUAGGAGAAAAGGCACAUGGCACUCUCCACUGCAGGUUGGAGCCAUGGGGGCUGUCCUGGCGACCUGUCACCUGGUGCCACGCUGUGCUCACUCCAGUUUUCUGCUCAGGGUUGGAAGCAAUUGCUGUCUCCCCUUUAUCCCUCACCAUGACUCUGCCCUGGGCACAGUGCCAGUCCCCUGGAUGGGGAGGGAGCCCAGCCCCAGGGCUUGAGGAGCUUGAGGUGGGCCUCUCUGCCUCUCCCCGUACCCAGCACAAUCUGCAGAGAUGAGGCAGGUGGCCGGAUAGCCAGGCUUCAUGGCAGGGGUUUGCACAGGGCUGUCCCCAACUGUAACCCAGGCAGGGUGGGGUCCGAAGCCUGGUCCUAGCCCAGUGGGGCCCUGUGUAAAGACACAUCUGCAGUUUAUCAAUAAAGCCUUGGCUCCUCUC